AUGGUAAAUCGUGUUCUAAGACAAAAAAAUAUUCAAUUUAUGUUUCUAUUUGGCUUCUUUCUUCGAGAUUUGUAUCAACAACUAAAAUGCGAACAUGAAAAAUUUCUUCGAAAACAAUUGAAAAAUUCGAAAGUUACCGUAUAUCGUGGACAAAUAAUGUCAAAGACGGAAAUUGAAAAAUUAAAAGACUCGAUUGAUAACAUUGUGACUAGUAGUUUUAUGUCUACAACUUUUGAUCCAGCUAUGUCAGAAAUCUAUCUUGGUACAUCAAUGCCAGACGAUGAAUUACAAAGUAUUCUCUUCGAAAUUGAAUUGAAUCUAGCUGAAAAAUCGUUUCCCUACGCCGAUAUCUCGACAAUAAGUUGGUUUCCAAGUGAAUCCGAAACUCUAUUGAUGCCAGGUCUAGAAUUCAAAAUGACGGAGAAUAGUAUUUAUUAUAAUGUCGAGAGAAAAAUUUGGCUUGCUAAAUUAGAACUCGUCUCAGACACGAUUGAAAAAGAAGACGAUCGAAUGCUUGAAGGAUUUGGUGAGAGAAGAAAAAUGAGAUAUUACAUUGAUUUAUUGAUGGAAACACUAACAGAUUUUUGUAGUGCAACAGCUUCUCUUAUAGAGACUGUAUUCAAUCACUUAAUGGAAUUGUUUCCAAGAGAAAAGUGGAUUUUAGCAGUAAAAAUGUCUUGUUUAGCACAGUAUAACAUCGAUCGUGAUUUCAAUUAUACUCUUGCGUUACCAAACUGGGAUGAAGCAUUAAAAUAUUGGUUUGAAUAUCAAGAUGAUGAAGAAUUAAAUGUUAACAUUGCUAUUGGUCGAAUUUACUAUGAUAUUGGUAGUAUCUAUUAUUUUCAUAUAAAACACACCGGCAAGGCUAGAGAAAACUUUGAUCUGUCAAUCAAGCACUAUCAAAUUGCAAUCAAGAAAGGUCUAACAAGUUCUGAAGAGAUCCACAUCUAUGAAUAUCUACAUGAAAUGUAUGGAAAAAAGUUACUUAUAUCUGUAAUAGAGACAGAUAACCAUACCAAUGAAGACGAGAUGAAAGAAAUUCAAUCCAUGAUUAUAAAAUAUUUAAAAUUGCAACUUGACUGUAUGUUAAAAUGUUAUGACAUCAAUAACCAAAGUAUUAGUAUAGCCGCUGCAGAAUUAACUAGUUAUUACGAUCAAUUUGACAUGUAUGAUGAAGAGUUAUGUCUUUCGAAAAAAUUAUUGGAACUCUAUCGAAAAGAUAGUCCAGAAAAAAACUCCGAGAAAAUUGUUGAAUUACUUGAGAAAAUAAUUGCAAUUUAUUUUGUACAUAAAAAUGAUCAAGAAACUGCUAUGAUGUAUCAGUCGCAACUUGAAGAACGCAUAACAGGAAACGACACACAAGCAGCCGAUGAUUUUAUUAUUGACUACAGACAGAAUGAAGGAGAGGAAGUUGAUCAUGACGAUACUCUACAACCUAUACGACGUUGGAGUACUACUGACUAG